UGUAUGCAAUUUUAGGUUAUGUUCAUGUUUUCUAUUACAUUUAGUUUUAUUAUGUCAAUGUUUUGGGAUUUCUUAGACAUUUCAGUAUUAGCCUACCUAUAUCUGAUAUGCAAAUUGGUUUAUUUCUGUCACUAAUAAGAAAAGGUAUUGAUAGCUCACAGGGGAAAGUAAUAGCAACACAGAACACCUGCAACCGCACAAUGGUCUAAAAUCCACUGAAGUAACCUGCAUCUUGGAUCUCACUUCAAGCUCCGAGCCACUACCAGUUGAAGAGAAGGAGAAACAAACAUCUUCGGAUAGGCUCUCUAGUGUCAGUGAUAUCAAUCAAACCAACCCUUUAAACCUAAAUGUUUGGCCCCCUUUAAAACAAAAAUGAUGAGUAGCGAUAGUAAUAAAAUUAUUUUAAAUAGUAUUACAGAGUUGAAGUUGGUUUUAGACAAAAUGUAUAAUGUAGAUGAUUAUGAGAAUUAUAUUGAUAACUUAGACAUAUUAGAAAAUACUUUUGUUAAUAGAAAUAACUGGUUACUUCAUUACAAUGUUCAAGGUCUUCUGUCCUUUACAAAGUUAACAGAAUUACAAAUGUUUGUAAAUAAAUUUCCCAUUAAAGUCAUUAGUCUCAAUGAGCACUGGUUGAACAGCUCUCAGCUAUCAAAUUUGAAUACUUUUGAAUGUUUUGUAUUGGCUUCUCACUAUAUUAGGGUAAGUAGUACUAGAGGAGGUUCCUGUAUUUUAGUUAAAAAAGGUACACAGUUUAUUGAAAGAAAUGAUUUGAUUGUUUCUCUCAAAGAAGAUUUCGUUUUUGAGAGUUGUUGUAUAGCAAUCCCUAAUGAGAGCCAACUUGUUAUUUCAAUUUAUCAUAACACAAAUAAGUCCAAUGUAGAUGGCUUUUUGAUUAAACUUGAAAAACUAUUUAAGGCACUAAAAAGAGAAUCUAAAAGAAACCAUGUUUAUAUAACAUCAGACUUUAAUAUUGAUAUUUUGGAGUCAUGCAGAGAUUACAAUUUACGAAAUAGGUUUUUAAAUUUACUGAUUUCAUAUGGGUAUACUUACAAUUUUAAAAUGCCAACUAGAGUAACUAAAGAAACUAUGUCAUGUAUAGACAACAUUAUUACCAAUAAUAGAGUUAAGCAAAGUAAACUAUUAAAUAUUGAGCUAGGUUUAUCUGACCAUAGAGCCUUAUUAAUAUCAGUUGAUUGUAAGAAUGAUUUUACAGCACAAAAAGGUUCCACUAGAAAAAGGAUAUUUACAGCUCAGAAUAUUGCUGGUAUGGUUGACUGUAUUAGUAAUACAUCAUGGAAUGUUUGUCAAUUAAGCACUGUGCAGGAAAAUUUCAAUAGUUUUCUUAGCAGUUUUAAGACAUGUUUUGAAUCUUCUUUCCCUUAUAAAUCUGUCAAAGCUAAAUGUGGAUCUAAAAAUAUUUUAAAAAACAAGAGAUGGAUUACAAAUGGUAUAAUCGAGUCAAGUAAGAAAAAAAGGGAACUACAUAAAAUAGCAAAAUCUAGCAAUGAUGUAAAUUUUAUUCAGUAUGUAAAAGAUUACAAACACAUUUUUAAAAAAGUUUGUACUGCUGCUAAAAGAAUGUAUAACUGUAAAUAUAUCAGUGAUUCCAAAAACAAAAGUAAAGCUGUGUGGCAUGUAGUGAAGUCAGAGUUAGGUAUUAGUACGACUAAAAAACAAGACUGUACAAGACUCAAAAUAAAAGAUGAAAUUUGUGUAGACACUAAGCACAUUGCUCAUCACCUCAAUAUUAUGUUUGUAAAUACUACUUAUAAAAUUAGUGCAAACCCACAGAUCAACUCUGCGAUUCAACUUUUAAGUAACUUUAAUUGUAAUAAGCAAGCCUCAUUUGUCUUUAAAAAUGUUAGUGCACAAGAAGUCCAUAGAGUAAUAAUGAGUCUGAGGAACACAAAAUCCGUUGCGUGGGAUGAGAUCCCAGUGCAAGUGCUGAAGGCUUCUGCGCUUUACAUCUCACAACCUCUGGCUUUAAUUGUUAACCACUCUUUCAUGUGCGGUCAAUUUCCCUCGCAACUUAAAUAUGCAGAUGUAAUACCAGUUUUUAAAAAAGGGGAAAGGCAAGACCCUAACAACUACAGGCCAGUGUCAAUAUUACCUAGCAUAUCAAAAGUCUUUGAAAAGAUAGCCCACAAGCAAUUAUGUACAUAUUUAGAAAACAAUGGUUUCCUCUGUAAAAAUCAGUAUGGCUUUCGCUCUGGCCACAGCACUAUUGAGGCAGCAUCUGAAAUGAUUGAGCAGAUUCUAGAGGCCUUGGAUGGGUCGCAGGAUACUGCUGGUAUUUUCUGUGACCUAUCCAAGGCCUUUGACUGUGUAAAUCACUCAUUACUUGUAAGUAAACUUAAAUUUUAUGGAAUCUUAGGUAAGCCUUUGGAAUGGUUCCAAUCAUUCCUUACUGAUAGGAAGCAAAGAAUAUUACUCAACAAUAAUGGCAUAAACAUACAUCAUCAUGGGCAAACAUAUGUAGUGGUGUACCACAAGGAUCUAUUUUGGGUCCUUUAUUAUUUAUUAUUUUUAAAAAUGAUCUGCCUUAUAAUGUUAAAAAUAAUUUGAUAUUGUAUGCAGAUGAUACUACAUCCCUAGUAAAAUGUAACCGAGGACAACAUAUUAAAUCAGAAAUUGUUAAUUCGCUCAUAGAUUUAGAAAAAUGGUUUACAUAUAAUGGGCUUGUACUAAAUAGUGAUAAAACUCAAAUUGUAAAAUUCCAAACAUUGCAAAGCAAGACCCUGUCAAAUUUUCAGAUAAAUUUCAGGAAUACAACUCUGACUGCUGUAGAUUUUAGUAAAUUUUUGGGGCUCCUUAUUGAUAAAAAUUUGUCCUGGAGACCAUACAUAGAUGUCUUAAACAAAAAACUGAGUUCAGCUUGCUACCAAAUGUUUACAUUAAGGGAGUUGGUAGACAUUAAGACUAGGAUUAUAGUUUAUUAUUCUUGCUUUUAUUCACUAGCACAGUAUGGAAUACAAAUAUGGGGCAGCUGCUCUGGCAUUAUCUCUGUCCUCAAAAUUCAAAAGAGAUACAUAAGAACCAUGUAUCUCUUGAAUAUAAGAACCUCAUGUAAAAAAAUAUUUACAGAUUUAGAAAUAUUGACAAUUCCAUCAUUGUAUAUUUAUAGUUGUUUAAUUUUUAUUCAUAAUCGUCUAAAUUCAGGAAAUAUAAAGCAACAUGAGCACCAGUAUAACACCCGUUUUAAAGAUAGACUGCAAUUUCCUGUACACAAAUUAACAUUAUUUGAAAGUUCACCAAGUUAUAUGGGAACUAAAUUUUAUAAUAAGCUUCCUCCUCAUUUAAAACAGCUUAAAAUGUCUUGUUUUAAGAACUCAGUUAAAAGUCUACUAAUUAGUAAAGCUUACUAUAGCAUAACUGAGUUUUUACAUGACAGUCUUUACGAUCACAUGUUUUAAUGUUUGUAAUAUUUUAGUGUAAUGUAAGUUUUAUUCUGAUGUAAUUGUAUUACAGAUUUAGUAUUUAUUAUUGACAAGCAACCUGUUCACACAACAUCUGAAGUUGUAAAAUCUGUGAAUGUUUUGUUGCAAUAAACUUCUUGAUUCACAGGCCUCUGUGAUUAUUCUAUAUAGUGCCUAUAGUUUAUUUUGGGGGUUAAUGUUUUGUGACAUACGUAUUUUGCUUUCUAUGUUACUAGUAUAUAAUGGCCAGUUGGCAUUUUUAAGGUUUAAUUUAUUGUUAUUAAUGUUAAUAAAAUCUAGGUUGGUAUUAUGCAUUAGGCUUGUAAUAUUAAGCUUUAUAUAAAUAAGUAAAUGAUCACUUCCCAUAGCAUCCAUACCUACUUCCCACGAUUGUAAUAAUGAGUGGAUAUUGGGUGUAACAAAAGACAAAUCAAUGGCUGAUGAUUGUUGAUACAGAGUAGGUAUUGUGGUGUGGCUAUAAUCAUUGAUUAAGAUAAAUGAAAAUCCCUGCAGCUGUUUCCAUCUCGCUGGUAGGAGUUCACGAAGAACCCUAAGUUCAGAAAAAGUUAAUUUAAACAAAUAUCCUUUUCUUCAAAACUUUGUAACGAUUAACUAGUUCUUUACACGUUCGAAACAAUUUGUCUUCUUUUACUGCUUUUAGCUCUUUGACAUGAUACAAAAAACCAAACAUAGAAUCGUAAUUGGCAAUUUGUUCAAACCUUCUUUUCAAGGACUGUGCUGCAGUAUCUGCUGUAACAAAAAAACACUCCAACCUUAAACGUUUGCUCUGCAGAUUCUGCUGUAGGAUCAUCUUCUCCCUCGUACUCAAACAUUUGUCUUUUCUUUCUCUGCCUUACUUCUUUGAAAUUUGGCUCUAUACCCAGAGUUUCACUAAGUUCUCCUGCUAUUAAUGUUGCCACCACAAAACCUUUAGCUGUACACUUCUGAAAAAAGUGAACUUGCCCUUGGAGUAACUGCAAUGCAACUCCAAGGUGCAUUUUUUUCUGAGUCUGUAGGCUUUUGCUAACACUGUUAACUGCAGAAAGCACAUCAUACCAAAUAAAUAGGGUUAGUAAGAACUCAUAGCUAAUUAUUUCAUUUAUAACCGAUCGUACUUCACUAUUGGAUUUUGGAUCCUUAGUGACUUCAAUUAAUGCAGUAUUAACUUCCUUAAUUUGAUAUCGAAGUGCUAUUACACUCUUCCAGUUUACCUAUCAACAAGUGUUUUUUUUUAUUUGUUUCAUUUUUGGUUUUUGGUCUUUAGGGACAAAAAUGUAUUAUAUCUGCACUGUCACGAACCAGGAAAGUAAAAAACACUCACCAGCAACGAGAACCAUGCCGGUGUUGUUAUGGCAUGUCCUCACCCAAACCACAUCCCAUUAUUUGGUCUUACACACUGCAACCGAAGUUGACAGUAAAAGUGCACAGCUCUUCGGGUAUGCGGUAAACUACAAUAUUUGAGUGCAAGAAGUUUAAACAAGUAACGACAUUUGUUACGUAAGACAUGUGCUUCAUGUAACUUUAUAUUUAUUUACAGAAGUUAAACCAUUUGAAAAAGA